ACCAGUCCCUGGGCCCCUCUCCUCCCUACUGCACCUGAGGAACAACAGACAGAGACAGCCCCUGGCUGCCUCUAUGCCUGGCACUCUGCCAGACCCAGACAUGCAGGGAGCAUCUGCCCAGCACAUGUCUAUGGAAAGACAGAUGUCUAUGGGAUCCAGUAUGAUGAGCAUCCAAGGUCCCCUUCACAACACUUCCUGCUCUUCACCUCAGAGGGCUAAAACUAUGGGUCACCCCCACCAACACCAUCACCAACACCAACACCCCGGAGCUGUCGCCAACAGCAACAUGGAUCCCACCAUAGGUCACAUGAUGGAGAUGAUGUCACCGCGGCAACGACACACUCAUCUGCAGCAGCAGCAGCCUCAUCAGCACCUGCAGCAGGCUCUGCCCAUCUCCUACCAGCAGCACUGCCACGCCUCUCCACAUCACCUGGGAAGUGCCCACAGCCAGGGGCACCAAUCAGGGAAUGUGCUGCAUCAUCAGGUUCACCAAUCACCUCCCUCGCACCUGCAGGCCAGCCACACCCACCAAACCUCCCCUCACCUGCCCCUCCACUCCAUAAGUCUUCAGUCAUCCCAGCAGACACAUUCCCUGCAUGCAGGCCAGGCGGCUGGAGGACGUCGCAGGAGGUCUGUGGACCAGGACCCAGACGAGCGCAGGCAGAAGUUCCUGGAACGCAACAGAGCUGCGGCCACGCGAUGCAGACAGAAGAGGAAGGUCUGGGUGUCUGCUCUGGAGAAGAAGGCAGAGGAGCUGACGCACAACAACAUGCAGCUGCAGAAUGAGGUGACCACUCUGAGGUCAGAGGUUGGUCAGCUGAAGCAGAUCCUGCUGACCCAUAAAGACUGUCUGGUUACCGCCCGCCAGAGAGAAUCACAGGGGUACCUCAGUCCAGGGAGUUCGACAGGAAGUCCAUCCCCCCUGUGUCCCGGGUUGCAGCGGCAGGCCAUCCAAUCCAACAGCAUCUCCACCUCCUCAUCCUCAGAUUAAAAAUGAAAGCAUGGAUGGCUGAAUUUCAUUAGUUCACAAGAGUUGGAUCCAGGGUUGCCCAUGCACACACAGGGUUUAAUCCCUGGUUCCAAGGGGUUGAAUCAGUUCUAGAAUCAGCUCACCCUUCCCAUAAUCAUUGGUGGUUGUAUCUCAGUAGUCUGAAUUGCUCCCUCUCCUGCUCUCCUAGCCUCAAUGGACACAGGUAUGACAGAACUGGACUGACUGGCCUCUACAAGCCUUGAGUCUCUGCUACCGUUGCACAUUUACAGUGACUUUCCCAAAAUUCCAGAAAUCCCGGUUGGACGAUUCCCGGAUUUCCUGCUUAUUGCCUCCUGAUUUCCGUAAAAUCUGUGAAUUUUGGUGAAGUUACAGAAUUGUUGCAACCCCAGUCUAUGUCUCUCCAACACUGUGAUGAUAGUCACAUGUAAAUUGGAUCAUAUUGUGUCUUUGGGAAUCUCAGUCAAUCUAUGUGUCUCUGUUAGUGUGAAAUCAGAAAUCCAAGUACUGCUCUAGGACUGCUCCAACCUGGGCUGUGUGUGCAAACAUACCUGUUAUUAUGUCCUUUAGCUUAAAGUGGUGACUGCAUACAGUUUUAUUAAUGGUCUCACAUGGGAGUCAACCCCACAACCCUGGCAUUGCAAGCACCAUGCUGUACCAAAUGAGCCACACGGGACUUCAUCGCGUCACCUUUUUCUCAGAAUGUGACAUGGUUAGGUCUUGGUUAGGUCUUGGUUAGGUUUUGGUUAGGUUUUGGUUAGGCCUUGGUUAGGUCUUGGUUAGGUCUUGGUUAGGUCUUGGUUAGGUUUUGGUUAGGCCUUGGUUAGGUUUUGGUUAGGACAUGGUUAGGUCUUGGUUAGGUUUUGGUUAGGACAUGGUUAGGUCUUGUAACUUACGCCACCACCAGAACCAGACCCUGAAAGACUCUCGUGCUUAAAACUAGCCUGUAACUAUGGCCCAGAGUUGUGUGUAUGCUACAGUAUGUGUGUGUGGUUGCAUAUGCAACCCAGGUCUCUCUGAAAUGCAGAACGUGAAUGAAAACUAAUACAAAUGUACAUUUUAUGCAAAUCUAUAUCAAGACCUGUGAACAGAGUGUCCUUGUUUUGUAAUGAUGUAAUGCAGAGCCUCCUUGUAAUGAUGUAAUGCAGAGCCUCCUUGUAAUGAUGUAAUGCAGAGCCUCCUUGUAAUGAUGUAAUGAAGAGCCUCCUUGUAAUGAUGUAAUGAAGAGCCUCCUUGUAAUGAUGUAAUGCAGAG